AUGGGUAAAGAAGCCUUAAUGGUCCACAAGGACACAAGCCCAAAGCCUCUUAGCCAAGGCAAGCUGUGUAUGUGGGAGGCCUUGCCUGCUUAUGUGGGCAUACAUAUGUGCGAGAGGGGGAGCCUGCACAUGCGGGAAACUCCCACGCUUGAGGAAGACUCCUCACCAAUUCCCACUCUUCUCCAGCCAGCCACAGAGAUAAUUAAGGAAAUUGCGGUGCUAGAGUUGGAAGUUGUACAUCUGGAACACUAUCUUCUCUCAUUAUACCGAAAAGCAUUUGAACAACAAAUAUCGACAGUUUCCCCAAUUUCAAAGGAUAAGAGGUUAAAGUUGCCUUUGGAUACCCCAAGAGGCAGCUUCCUGGAAACUUCUAGACUUGAUACCCCUUCAAAAAAGGAAAACUCUGCCACUCUGUCUGGUUACCAGUCACUCAAGAAUCCAAUGAAGGAAUCUAGUGUUACUGGAAGAGAAGAGAAGCAAUUGGAUUCCAGUGUUCAUUGUUGUCACUCAUCUCUUUCUCAAUAUUCUUCAUCUUUUAUUACAACUCCUCUGGAAGACUCCAUGGCCAGAGCUGUACGUGCCUGCCAUUCUCAACCAUUGUCCAUGAUGGAGUAUGCUCAGAAUUCGGCAAAUAUAAUUAGUCUGGCUGAGCAUCUUGGGACUCGUAUUUCCGACCAUGUUCCAGAAACACCUAACAAGCUUUCUGAGGAAAUGGUCAGGUGCAUGUCAGCUAUACUUUGCAAGCUUGCCGACCCACCAGUGACAAACCAUGGCCUUUCAUCUCCUAGUUCAUCUUUAUCAUCAAUAAGUGCAUUUUCACCACAGGAUCAGUAUGAUAUGUGGAGUCCUGGAUUUAGAAACAAUUCAUCUUUUGAUGUGCGGUUAGAUAAUCCUUUUCAUGUGGAAGGACUUAAAGAGUUUAGUGGACCGUACAGCACAAUGGUUGACGUACAAUGGAUUUACAGAGAUAGUCAAAAGCUGGGUGAUGUUGAACACUUGCUAGAAAACUUCAGGUUGCUUAUCAGUCGAUUGGAAGAAGUGGACCCUAGGAAGUUGAAACAUGAAGAGAAGCUUGCUUUCUGGAUUAACAUACACAACGCACUAGUGAUGCAUGCAUUUUUGGCAUAUGGUAUUCCACAAAACAAUGUGAAGAGACUCUUUCUGCUAUUGAAGGCUGCGUAUAAUGUUGGGGGCCGCACAGUGAGUGCAGACACCAUACAACGUUCAAUUCUUGGAUGCCGGUUGUCUCGUCCUGGACAGGUAGACCGAAGCGAUAGAUUAUGAAGAUCAUCUUGUGGCUGGUCUUAAUUUUAACUUUUUCUGCAUUUAGCCAACCCUGAUUUCUUGCUGGUUGAAAAGUGGAUAUUGUUUUUCUAACUUUUUCACAGCAGAAAUACUUUUUCGUGUCUUUCAUGAUUCAACUUAUCUUCUCCAUCUAACCAUUUUAA